AUGCGGUGCCGGCUGCAAACGCUUUUCCAGAGGAAAUUUAAAAUCAGCCUUCUCCUUCUUCUGCUCUUGGCCCUUCUCGUGCACCUGGUGAUGGAUUUUGCUCUCCCCACUGCCCACAGGCCCUGCAGCUGUGAUAUGAAAGCAUCAAAAGCUGUGGGUGUCCUGUCAGGCAGCCCCAUCCCAGCCAGCUUCAAAAAACUGAGCCUGCGAAUCCUUCAAGAUUUCAGUGGAAGCAACAGCUCCUUGCAGAAAAGUUCCCAGCCACAGAGAACAGGGCUGCACUUGAGGGCUGAAGAGCCAGGAGUCCAACAACAAGAAGAGAGGAAUGUAGGGUGGACCAAGGGAUCAAAGCUGGCAGCACUCUUUGAGCAUCCUCUUUACAACAUCCCAGUCCCAGAGGUGACAGAAAAAGAUAAACUGUUUAUCAUCAACCCCAUGGAGAAGUUCAGCCUGCGCAGCAGUGGGAGUGACGAAUGGGUCAGCAGCAGUAAAGCCGAGACGCUCCUCCCGACAGGGAAGACGGCCUAUGACACCUACCCCACCUGGCUCAAGUUCCACAUUGGCAUCAACCGCUAUGAGCUGUACCCCCGCCGGGACCCCUUGCUGCCCAUGCUCCUCUGGGAUUUGGCCACACAAAGGAUCGUCAGCUCAGUCCAGAAGUCCGGUGGGACCCAGCUCAAGCUCAUCAUGAUGUUCCCAAACUAUGGGCAAGCUCUCUUCAAGCCCAUGAAGCAGACUCGGGACCAGGAGACCCCCAUUGAUUUCUUCUACUUCUCAGACUUUGAGCGGCACAAUGCAGAGAUUGCAGCCUUCCACCUGGACAGGAUCUUGGAUUUCCGGCGAAUCCCCCCAGUUUCUGGCCGUUUGGUCAACAUAACAAAGGAAAUUCGGGAUAUCACCACAGACAAGAAACUGGCCAAGACUUUCUUCAUCUCCCCAGCGGGUAACGUCUGCUUCUAUGGGGAGUGCUCCUACUACUGCUCCACUGAGCACGCCCUCUGUGGCAAACCGGACCAGCUGGAGGGCUCCAUGGCUGCCCUGCUCCCUGACAAGACCCUGGCCAAACGCCGCUCCUGGCGCAGCCCCUGGCGCCGCUCCUACCACAAGAGCAAGAAGGCUGAGUGGGAGCUGAAUUCCAACUACUGCGCUCAGGUGCGAGAGACACCACCCUAUGACAGGGGCCAUCGCCUCCUCGACCUCAUCGACAUGACAAUCCUCGAUUUCCUCAUGGGCAACAUGGACCGGCACCACUACGAGACCUUUGAGAAAUUUGGGAAUGACACUUUCCUGCUCCACCUGGACAACGGUCGCGGCUUUGGCACACACUCACGGGAUGAACCGUCUAUCCUGGCCCCUCUCCAGCAAUGCUGCAGCAUCAAGAAGUCGACUUACCUGCGGCUGCAGCUGCUGGCCACCCAGCCCUACCGCCUGAGUGACGUGCUGCGUGAGGCACUGGCCGCAGAUCCACUGGCCCCUGUCCUGGCUGAGCCCCACCUGCGGGCACUGGACCGGCGCCUGGGGAAGGUGCUGGUGGAGGUGGGACACUGCCUGGCCAGGGCAGCCCGCCAGGAAGAGGUGCUGGUGGAUGAUGUGGGGUCAUGGGUGUGA